AUGGAGCGGCUCCCGUGCACCCUCCUCUGCUUCCUCCUUUGGGGAGCACAGGCCUCUGACAUCCUCACAGACGGUCUCCCUGAAUUUGUAGAUUAUGAGGAUCUUGUGGAAACCGCCCCAGGCAAAUUUCAACUUGUGUCAGAGAACCGGAGACACCAGAGAAGCCUUUCUGAAGAACUGGGGGAAGAUAUGGACGAUGCCAAUCAAGUAACUCUUUAUAGUUAUAAAGUCCAAUCCACCAUCACUUCUCGGAUGGCCACUACGAUGAUCCAGAGCAAACUAGUGAACAACUCCCCACAGCCUCAAAACGUCGUGUUUGAUGUGCAGAUCCCCAAAGGGGCUUUCAUCUCUAACUUCUCCAUGACCGUGGACGGCACGACCUUUACCAGCGCCAUCAAGGAGAAGACCGUGGGCCGAGCUCUUUACGCACAGGCGAGAGCAAAGGGCAAGACAGCCGGAUGGGUGAGAAGCAGAGCUCUUGACAUGGAGAACUUCAGUAUGGAAGUAAACAUCCGCGCAGGAGCAAAGGUGCAGUUCGAACUUCACUACCAGGAAGUGAAGUGGAGGAAGCUGGGGUCCUAUGAGCACAAGCUGCAUCUGCAGCCCGGACGGCUGGCCAAACACUUGGAGGUGGACGUGUGGAUCAUUGAACCUCAGGGAAUAAGAUUUCUUCACGUUCCUGACACAUUUGAAGGCCAUUUUGAAGGUGUUCCUAUCAUCUCUAAAGGACAGCAGAAGGCCCACGUGUCCUUCAAACCCACAGUGGCACAGCAAAGAAAAUGCUCCAACUGCUCUGAGAGUGCACUGAAUGGAGAGCUGGUGGUGGUGUAUGAUGUGAACAGAGAAGAGAAAGUUGGGGAGCUGCAGGUAUUUAAUGGAUAUUUUGUCCACUUCUUCGCUCCUGAGAAUCUGGACCCAAUUCCCAAAAACAUCCUGUUUGUCAUUGACGUCAGUGGAUCCAUGUGGGGAAUUAAGAUGAAACAAACUGUGGAAGCAAUGAAGACCAUAUUGGAUGACCUACGAACUGAAGACCAGUUCUCUGUGGUUGAUUUCAAUCACAAUGUUCGGUCAUGGAGAAAUGAUUUAGUUCCGGCUAGCAAAACACAAAUUGCAGAUGCCAAGAGAUAUAUUGAGAGAAUCCAACCAAGUGGAGGCACAAAUAUCAACGAAGCACUCCUUCGGGCAAUCUUCAUUUUGAACGAAGCCAGUAACCUGGGAAUGCUGAACCCUGACUCGGUCUCUCUGAUCAUCCUGGUGUCGGAUGGAGAUCCGACGGUGGGUGAACUGAAAUUGUCCAAAAUUCAGAAAAAUGUGAAGCAGAACAUACAAGACAAUAUCUCCUUAUUCAGUCUGGGGAUAGGAUUUGAUGUUGACUAUGACUUUCUGAAGAGAUUAUCCAAUGAAAACCGUGGAAUUGCUCAAAGAAUUUAUGGAAAUCAGGAUACAUCUUCCCAGCUCAAGAAAUUCUACAACCAGGUCUCGACUCCACUGCUCCGGAAUGUGCAGUUCAACUACCCGCAGGCGUCCGUGACGGAUGUCACUCAGAACAGCUUCCACAACUACUUCAGCGGCUCCGAGAUUGUGGUGGCGGGAAAAUUUGACCCCAGCAAGUCAGCAGAAGUUCAGAGUGUCGUCACCGCAACUUCGGCUAACACAGAGUUGGUCUUGGAAACUCUGGCCCAGAUGGAUGACCUGGAGGAAUUUUUAUCAAAAGACAAGCAUGUGGACCCCGACUUCACAAGGAAACUCUGGGCCUACCUCACCAUCAACCAAAUGCUAGCAGAGAGAAGCCUGGCUCCGACAGCUGCCAGUAAAAGGAAAAUUACCAAAACGAUCCUGCAGAUGUCUCUAGAACAUCACAUCGUGACCCCGCUUACUUCCAUGGUGAUCGAGAACAGCGCUGGGGACGAGCGCAUGCUGGCCGACGCCCCUCCGCAGGACCACACCUGCUGCUCCGGUGCCCUGUACUACGGCAGCAAGGUUGCUCCAGGUUCCAUUCCAUCUUGGGCCAGCCCAUCGCCAACACCAGCGACAGCCAUGCUUGCCGUAGGAGCCAAGCCAGUGGAGUCUACACCCCCUCCCCAUGUGAUAAGAGUUGAAAAUGACCCUCACUUCAUCAUUUACCUGCCCAAAAGCCAACAGAACAUUUGUUUCAAUAUCGACUCAGAACCUGGAAAAAUCCUCAGCCUGGUCUCUGACCCACAAUCAGGAAUUUUGGUCAAUGGGCAGCUUAUUGGUGCCAAGAAGCCUGAGAAUGGGAAACUAAGCACUUAUUUUGGAAAACUGGGAUUUUAUUUCCAAAGAGAAGACAUGAAAGUUGAAGUCAGCACAGAGGCCAUCACCUUGAGCCGGGGCGCAUCCGCAACCCACUUGUCCUGGUCCGACGCGGCCCACCUUGUCAGCCAGAGGGUGCUUGUCUCUGUGAAGAAAGGAAACGUUGUGACUCUUACCCUGGAUAAGGAGAUAUCCUUUUCUGUUCUGCUGCAUCGUGUUUGGAAGAAACACCCAAUUAAUGUAGACUUUUUGGGGAUCUACAUUCCCCCCACAAACAAGUUUUCGCCCAACGCGCAUGGACUAUUAGGCCAGUUCAUGCACGAGCCGAAGAUUCACAUCUUCAAUGAGAGGCCAGGGAAAGAGCCGGCAAAACCAGAAGCAAGCAUGGAAGUAAAAGGACAUAAGCUGACUGUCACCAGGGGCUUUCAGAAGGACUACAGGACAGAUGCAGUGUUUGGCACGGAGGUCCCCUGCUGGUUUGUGCACAACAGUGGGAAAGGUUUCAUUGAUGGACAUUACAAGGAUUACUUCGUACCUCAGCUCUAUAGCUUUCUCAAACAGCCUUAA